AUGUCUUCGAACGACUCGAACGAUACCGAAAAGCAACCCACUCGUCUAGACCCUACCGGUGUCGACGACGCCUACAUCCCACCGGAACAGCCGGAAACAAAACAUCAUCGCUUUAAAAUCUCCAGGGACACCCUGAGAAACCACUUUAUCGCAGCGGUUGGUGAGUUCUGCGGCACAUUCAUGUUUUUAUGGUGCGCUUACGUUAUCUGCAAUGUCGCCAACCAUGAUGUCGCACUCGUUGCAGCGCCCGACGGUUCCCAUCCGGGUCAAUUGAUUAUGAUUGCCAUCGGUUUCGGGUUUUCCGUCAUGUUUUCCAUCUGGUGCUUUGCCGGUGUCUCUGGUGGGGCUUUGAAUCCUGCUGUUUCGCUUUCUUUAUGCUUGGCAAGAGCCAUCUCUCCAACAAGAUGCUUUGUUAUGUGGAUUUCGCAGAUUGUUGCUGGAAUGGCCGCCGGAGGCGCUGCAAGCGCUAUGACACCUGGUAAAGUUCUUUUUGCCAAUUCUUUGGGACUGGGCUGCUCCAGAACGAGGGGCCUGUUCCUGGAAAUGUUCGGCACCGCUAUCUUAUGCUUAACGGUUUUGAUGACGGCUGUGGAGAAGCGUGAAACUAACUUUAUGGCCGCACUGCCCAUCGGCAUCUCCCUGUUUAUCGCCCAUGUCGCUUUGACUGCGUACACAGGCACAGGUGUCAAUCCUGCAAGGUCUUUGGGUGCUGCUGUCGCAGCCAGAUACUUCCCUCAUUACCACUGGAUUUACUGGAUUGGCCCCCUAUUAGGAUCCAUUCUGGCAUGGUCUGUGUGGCAAUUAUUGCAAAUUCUAGAUUAUACAACCUAUGUUACCGCUGAAAAGGCUGCCAGCACCAAGGAAAAGGCCCAGAAAAAAGAUCCAACUAGCAACUCCUCCCCUACGAAUGAAGUCUGA